AUGAGCUCCUCUGUGAGAGUAACGUCCUCGCCCACCAAAGGCCGCGCCCUCACAUCCGUUCACACCCAGCGUGCGGGCACACCCAUCCUCGCCCUCCCACCAACCCUGCUGCUCCCCACGACACCACAUCUCGAAGCCUUUUGUACAUAUUGUCUGGCACCUGGGACACCCAAGGCGUGCACGCAAUGCCAUGCAGCCUACUACUGCCACCAGAGCUGCCAACGUGCCCACUGGCGGGACGUUCACGCCAAGGAAUGCAAACCCUUGACCAAGAUGGGCCAGCAGCGCGCAAUGAGCCUGCCGACCCAAGUCCGUCUGCUCAUGCAAUGUCUCCUCAAGGGGGAGAGCUUGGACACGUUGCGAGGAAGUGGGGACAAGGACCCGGAUAUCGAGAUGAUGGCCAUGGCUGGCGUAGCGUAUUCUGGGCUCGAGACGUCAGAGCAGAAUGUGAAGAGGGCGAGUGAUAUUGUCACAAAGAUCCAAACCAACGCCUUCAACUGGGCGGACGACGAGGCAGGGCAGAUUGGCGUCUUCCUGGAGCCGACCUUUGCCAUGAUGAACCAUACUUGUACGCCGAACGCCAUGGUACAAGUGGUUGGCCGCAAGAUCAUUCUUCGCGCUGAGAGAGACAUCAAGGGUGGCGAAGAGAUUGAGAUCUCAUACACAGACUAUACGUGGCCCAAGAAGAUGAGAGCCGCCGCUCUCAAGAGCUACCAUUUUGAGUGCCAGUGCUCACGAUGCAAGGAGGACCUUAAUGUUUAUCAGGUUUGCGCUGCAACAGAAGGCAACGACCUCGACACCUUCAGCCUGGCGCUUGGCGCCUCGUCUAUCAAACAACACCCGGCUGCGACGAACUCCGACACAGCGAGAGCCGCCAGCAAGUUAUCAGAAGAUCUAUGCUCGCUGAUGAAGUUCUCUGACGCCAGUCAGUACGACCUCACGGCUCUCUUGAUGCGCCUGCGUCGCUGCAAGGCACUCGUCGAAAAGGGACUUUGGGCCGUUUUUCCUUUACCAAACAUUCUGAGCGAAGUCGCAACGACACUGGCUCAGCACGGCUCUUUUCCGCAGGCACUCGCCAUCACGUGUCUCGUAGCAGUCUCGGGUGAUCCGCAUCGAUAUCCAGCGACUUUCUUUCCGGUCCGGCUGCGAGCGCUCUAUUUGAUCGCCAAACUUCUGUCGCACACGGCGGCUGACACGGCGGCGCCCGCUUCGACUGGCUUGGACAGUGCGAUGCAGACAGCGCUGAAUGAGAUUGAUCAAGUGGCGUUGUGCCAGAUGCUGCUCAUGAUGGUCAUUCGACUUGCGCCGCUAGGUUUUGCCCACGAAUGGGACCUGGCGAAAGACGCCAAUGAGUUGCUGUCCGAGAUAAACCAGCUUCCUGGGCGGGAUAGGGAGGUAUCGCUGAUUCAGAGUUGGAUUCAGAAUCCGACGGAUGAGCAGUCAAGAGCGUUUUUCAAGUUUGCCGUGGUCGAUCCCGUCCACACGCUGGCUGACCUCGGCAAGACGGUCAUCUCGGAGCUCAUAGUGAAUUGA